UAACCCUGCGCGCUGGCGUAUAUAACAAGAGCUCCAGCCUAUUCGUAAACACAUUAGUUUUGGAAGUGAAUAUCGAGUAAUAACAUGACUGAAUUGGCUGUUUAAGAAGAAACUUUAUUUUAUUCCUCCUCAUUAUGAAGCGCCUUUACCUGGUGGAGCCGGUGGUGGCUCUGUAUGCUUUUAGCAGUUUUCUCAUCUACCCGCUGGUCCAGCAGUAUGUGUACAGGAGGCUCUGGCAGCAGCUGACCAACACUCCCUAUCCCAUCUCAGACAAUACCUCCAGAUGUGCUCCAAGGAACAGCAGCAGCAACCAGACUGACUUCCAUAAGGAGGUGCAGAAGCAGGCGUCUCUUUUCUCCCUUUACUCGGAGCUCCUCUCCACAAUCCCAUCUUUGAUCGUGACUCUUGUGCUGGUGGCCUAUAGCGACCGGGGCGGACGCAAGACCACCAUCAUUAUGCCUCUGAUCGGCAUGCUGAUAUAUACCAGCACCUUCCUGACUGUGUCCUUCUUUGAGCUCAACAUCUACCUUCUCAUCGGCUCUUCCUUCCUUAGCUCUCUGUUUGGGGGUAUUGGCACUUUCCUGGGAGGCUGUUUUGCCUACAUAGCGGACUUGUGCCAAGACGACCGGCAGAAGACGCUGCGAAUGGCUGGAGUGGAUAUGAUGAUUGGACUGUUGUCUGGAGUGGCUGCGAUAUCUACAGGUUACUUCCUGAGAGCUGCAGGCUUUAACUGGCCUUUCUUAACUUCAGCCCUGUGCCAGUGUUUGAUCCUAGUCUAUGCAGUUUUUAUCCUGGAGGAGACUGUAAGAAAGACUCCCGCUGAUGGCAGUGAUAUAGACGGGUCUCCCCAGCGGCCUGGGUUGAGACAGUUGAUCUUUGGGCUCUGCCAGAUCUUUGCAAGAGCAAGCUACAAGUGUAAAGUAGUCUUAGCCCUCCUGAUGAUCAUCUUCACCAGCUUCAUCUUCACCUACAUUGGAGGCAUCUCCUUGGUGACACUGUACGAGCUAAACGAGCCACUGUGCUGGACUGAGAUUCUGAUUGGCUAUGGCUCAGCAAUGUCCACCACGGUGUUCCUCACCAGUUUCUUGGGAGUGUCGGCAUUCACAUACUGUGGAGUCCCGCAGAUGCUGAUUGUUGCAUUGGGGAUCCUGUCUGUGCUGUCAGGAUUGAUCAUGGUGGCGUUUGCAAAGACCACAGUUCUGAUGUUUUUAGCAAGGAUCCCCAUGCUGCUGUCCAUAAUGCCUUUCCCUGUUCUCCGCUCGGUAAUGUCAAAGAUCGUCUCCAAGUCUGAGCAAGGAGCCCUUUUUGCUUAUCUUUCCUUUCUGGAGAGUUUAUUUAACAACGUUGGAUCUGCAGUCUUCAAUAGUAUCUAUGCUGCCACGGUGGGGUGGUAUCCUGGUUUUGCCUUCCUCUUAGCUGCGGGACUCUGUGCCAUUCCUUUAUCUGCGGUUGUUGCAGUGGCUUUUAUCGGAGUGGAUGUUACCACUGAACCCAUAAAGUCAGAAGAUGGAACCACUGAGGAGGACGGCCAGGCUGAGAAGGAGAACGACACCAGUCCUCUUCUAAGCUCUUCUGAUAACACCUCAGCUGGACAUUGUUAACGUAUUUACCUUUUAAGUAUGUCAGUAACUUUAGUUUUCUGGGUUGAUACACCAGGAAAGUUUCAUUUUUUGUUGUUAAAUAAGUUUUGAUGCAGUGCUUCUUCUUUUUGCAGGAACGUUGUUGCUCAGCAUCAGUUUUAUUUUUCAUGGUAAAUCCCACUGAAUUAGAAAUGUCAUCUAAUGACAAAAAUAUAUUUAAGAAGGAGAAAGUGAGCAUUUUCAGGGGAAUUAUGUGUGCUGCAUCAUUUGAGAUGUAUGAAGGUUUUUAAAACUUUUAAUUAAUUCAUAUAUAGUGUAAUUAAUUGUUUAAUAAUUCCACCUUUUAUUUUACACCUUUUAACUGUUAGCUGUUUUUUUGGACACUUUUCACCAAAGUUCUAAAGCCGCCUAAUUUUCAUACAGUUUGAAGGAACUGAAUUGAUCACAUUCGUUGACUUUUUACAAAUACCGAUUUUUUCAGACUAUAAGCUGCUACUUUUUUCCCCACGCUUUUUGAACCAUGCGGCUUAUAGCCAGGUGCAGCUUUUCUGUGGAUUUUUCUUCAACCACCACGGGGAGCUUCAGCAGGAAGUGAAUGAAUAGAAGUCAAAAUUGAAAAUCAAAGAAGAAAGCGUUGAUUUUCAUUUAGAACAAGCACAUUCUAGCAGAAGGCACGACGGAGAAAUGUUUUCAAACUCAUACCCCCUCAUCAUGGAAACCACACGAAGAAGUUUAUAUGAUGCUGCUUUUAAGUUGAAGGCUAUUGAUCUGGUAGUACCGGUCGAUUACAGCUGCACGUAAGCUCAGCCUGAAUGAAUCCAUGGUUUGGCGUUGGAGACGCAGGGCUGCGUCCUUAAUAGCAGAUUAAUUAAGGAAAACCGAGAGCGGUGGAGAUACCAGCAGCAUAUAGCCCUGUGAGGGUUAUAUAUGUACAUUUCCAGUUUUUAAAAAACAACUUUUGAGGGUAUAGCCCAGAAAAUACAGCACUCAGGACACAAAAAAUAUUCUUGCCAAAAAUCUUCCCUGUUAACUAAUGUCAAAAUGCUUUGUUGCAGAAUGUAUUAAUUUGACAGUCUUGGGUUAAAAUGGUAUUAUUCAUUGUUUUAUUUAAACCAGUAAAGGGCCAGGCAGUUUGACUAAUUUUUGCUGUUUUUUAAAUUCAUAUUGUGUAAAUGGACUGGACUUGUGUAGCACUUUAUGUAGUCAGGUCCAGUGGACUCCAAAGUGGAGUCCACUUCAGGGCAGGUGAAGUGCCUUGCCCAAGGAUAAAGUGAGCAAUAGAGUGGGGUUCCAACCUUUAUCCCUGACCCACUGUCACCCUAUGUGAAACAUGUAAAAGUAUGUUUCUUUUCAAAAAUAUUUGCGCAAUUUUUUUACUUGAUGUGUUACUUUGUCUUUUUGUUGUUUUCUUAUGUGUAAAAUUAUGAAAAAUAUAAAAGUAAGUAAUAUUUAAAAAAUGACACUAGGGAAGACAGAAUUAAAAGGGAAACAAACCCUGGAAUUUUUAACAUGUAUUUAUGUUGAUAAAUUAGUAUGUAUUGGGAAGUGAAAAAUUUAAUGAGGCAGAGAAUGCAUUUUAUGUUUUUCUAAAGACAACUUGGUCUUUAGGUGAGCACUUUACAUCUUAAUUAGCAGUGAGAAAGAACACCGCUAAUUCAGAUCCACUAACUGGCAAUAGGAACUAGCAAUUUUUUUCCCCCUGGUAGACAGUGACUGGAAAUGGAAAACUGUUACUAGGGAGCUAAAAUGUAGGUCAGUUCAGAAAUAAAUACUCCUGGUGUAGAAGUUAAAACCUAUAUUAGUACUGUGUGCUUUGUAAUCUUUUCAACAUGGAAUAAAAUCUGUAGAAAUAAGGUUUAGCUUACAGAGACAAAUCCAGGUUCACAAGAAGAAGAGAAUCAAUGCCACAGGACUACCCUUCGAGUUCAAAUAUUACCAAAAGGUAGACAUUCUAAUGCCGCUUUUUGUGGAUCAAAGUUUCAUUGAUAAAAUUAAAUUUUUUGUAUCAAAAUACACUUUAUAUUACUUAAGAUGUCUUAAUAAAAUGAGCAUAUGAAAAAUUUGUUUACUGUAUCUCUUUAAAAAUGUCCAGAAGAACCAAUCAGAGCUAAACUAUUUUUGUGUUUGUCAAUUUUUCUCUUUUUGGCAGAAUCUCAGCUGUUGCCAGACACAUUUGAAGUUGAGUCUGUUUAAAACAGCUUUAAAGAAGGUUUUCUGACAAGAUUUCCUGAAAGCUUACAAGAUACUGACAAUAAGCAACUUUCUUGAAAGUUUACAAAAAAGUUGCUUGAAAGAAAAACAUUUAAAAAAAUGCUACACCCAACACUGUGCGUAUGAGAUUAUAAAACUACUGUUUAGGCCUUGUGCCCUCCUAUGCAACUUUGCAUUUUAAAAAUUUUAUGUGAUAUUGCAAUUAAAACCUAAUUUCAAUAAAACUUCUCUAUAUUGGAAAUACAAAUAACAUUUUCUUCACUAUUAUUUUAAUUUUAAAAUCAUAAAAUUUCCACACCCAUCAAUGAACUUUAGAAUUCCUCUUUUUGUGUAAAACUUUCAGGCAUUUAAUUAAACUUUUUAUGUAGACCUUUGCUCGUCUUGUUCUUUUUAUUCUCAUUCAGUUAGCUUUUUCUGGGUGAGUUUUUAUAUGAGCCACUAGGUGUCAGUCUUUGUCCACCCAUAUAGCAAUACUAACUCAGUUGGUGAAAGUGCUUCUCAUUUGAAAAAUCCCUUUGUCACAUGUUAUCAUGGCCUUCAACGUCUGUGAGGCUUUUCUUCCAUGACAAAACGUAAGUAUUAAAGUAUGUGUGUUGUAUGGAUGAUAAAUGAGCAAAAUAAAUGUUGUACUCAAGCCAUAAGGCUGUAUAGCUACUUGUUUUCUGCUUGGGUUGGUUAUUGUGGGAACCACAAAAGAUGAAUGAUGUGGCCUGAAUGCAAUACAACUCCUUCACAUUAGUCAGCACUGGAGAUGCCACAUAAAAUCAGAUUUUAGCCACACAUGAUGCAUCACAGGAAUAAUACUUAGUUUGGCUUUUAAUUUGACCUGUUAACAGUUUUUAAUGUAGUUGUGUGUAAGAAUAACAAGCCACAUCUAACUACUUAGAUUUGUUAAAAGGUGGGACAGCUAGAUCAAUCUGAAAAAAUGUGCCACAAAGGGGGAAAAAAAUCUGCCAGCGCUGUGAAUAUUGUAAAAGUGAAACAUCCCCCUGAAAUUGAGUGCAAUUUCCUGUUGGAUCUUCUGGCUCUAGCUUCAGUCAUGGAAAGCUUAAUGACAUCUUAUUGUAAUGUGGAGUUAUUUGAUUUUCAUUCUCAGGUUUUGAGGUUUGAGUCCAGAUUGUGAUUAGAAGGUAACACAGAGUUUGAAUGAAGUUCACCACUUGAGGUUAACAACGGGACCUUCUGAGGCACCGAACAUAUGGUCUCGACUUGAAUCAGAGAUAGAGGUGUGGUGAGUGGUGAUGAUCGUUUUCAUGGGUUUUCCCAGGGAUAGGGAUCUCUGGCGAACACAGUCAGGGUGGCUUGUGUCAGUGUGGCGUGCAAAGGGGUCGAUGGGGAUUAAAGAGAGAGUUGACGGAAUAUGGUUUUAAGAGGAGGAUGGGGGAAUGAGGGUCUCAUUGGUUUUUGGUUUCCAAACACAGCUGAAUCAGCACUGCAAUCAUCUGCACCACAUCACCAUUGGCCCUUUCUGUGAUGUUGAUCCAGAGAAUGGCUAACAGACCCCUCUCUUUAUCUCGAUUCUCUACAUGGGAAGAUAAUUCGUAAUAAUAUUGCACCAAAUUUAAGUGACUGGUGUGACUGAAGUGAAGUUUUGAAUGGAAUAGCUUUUAUAUGAAUAGAGGUGUUGUUAUGCCAGGAAGCUGCUCCAAAUUAACUUAAUGCCAUCAUCAGAUGGCAUUAAGUUAAUUUUUCCAGGAUUUCUAGGGAUUUUCAAUCUCUUUCAACUGAGAUUGAAAAUCCAAAGUCUAUUCUAUUAAACGAUCUCCCUCCAUUAACUAUAUUGAGGAUUAAAUGUGGGACUGGAGAAUCUAAAAAGAAUGAAAAUGAAAACAGGCACAUAAACUGUGUAGCUAGUAAAAUUAAAAGGCUCAACAUGAGGUUUGAAUCAGGUGGAAACAAUGCCACAAGUGCAGCUUUGUGCCACAUAGACAGUCCCAGAAUAGAGUGAAGGCAAGGGACAAUAAACCAGUAGUUGGAGGGCAGCCAUUUCCUCUGUCUCUCCCUCCAUUUUUGUUUUGUUAACAGAUAAUGCUACCUUGUCAUGCUGAUCGGCCUGG